GUAUUAUUCAAGAUGGCGUCGCCCAUUGAAUGCGAUGUGUGGUCAGAUGACUAGUAUACUUUUAUGAGAUUAUCUAUGAUUUGAUACAUUUUAUGGAUAAGGAUUGAUCAGAGACAGCAAAAGGAUGGCAUCGAGUAUAGAUCCACGAGAUAUUUCUCGCCGAAAAGCCCUCAAAGUAGCGGUUUCCGCUCUCGUUUAUGAAGUCGGCUAUGAAAAAGCUGAAGAAUCUGUUCUGGAAACACUUACAGAAAUGCUGCAGAGUUUUUUAACAGAACUGGGACGCGGUUGCAGAAGUUAUGCAGAGUUGGCCGGAAGAUCUGAAGGCAUGAUGACAGAUGUCUUCAUGGCACUAGUGGAUAUGGGUCAGAAUGUGCAAUCCAUACAGUCACAUGCUCGUCGGCUUACCAAGAGUGUCUUUUUGCCACCGGCUCAUACUGCUGCCCCACCCACCCUGAAGACACUACAAGUUGGGGACAGGCCCUCGCAUCCUUCACACAUUCCUGACCAUUUACCGGCCUUCCCAGACUCCCACACCUAUAUCAGAACACUGACAAACAAAGCUCCAGUAACAGAGUACCAGUUGGUGCGUGAAAAGGCUGCCUCACAGAAGCGUGAUAUUGAGCGAGCUUUGACACGAUUUAUUGCCAAAACAGGCGAGACACAGAUGUUGUUUCCAGACAGUACAGAAGCAUAUCCUUUGAUUGCUGUCAAGUCCAGUCCCCUUCCGUAUCUAGAUGCUCUGUUGUGUAAGGAGCAAGACCUCGAGGACCAGGAAUCAACCCAUGGUGAAGAUGAGAAAAAGGUCAAAGAUCAGGAUAUAGGCCAACAGAAUGGAGGUCAAGGUGACACUCAGGAUGCAGAAUCUAUUGACAAUCCAUAUAUACGACCAGUCAAACUCUCUAGGAUAAAGAAGAAAAUCAAAAUGGCCAGCUGAUUAAAUGAACAUUUAUGAUGAAAAUUUAAUUAGUGGAUAUUGAUGUUGAAUCAGUGUAUGUGUACUCCAGGAUGUGUUUGAUAGGCCAACAUUAGCACAUAUGUACAUGUAUAGAGCUGUCUUAAGUCAGACAGAGGAGAUUUUCUUCCAGACAAAAUCAGGCAGAUAAUACAUGUACCUGGGUAAACAUGCUUUUCUCCAAACAUGAGUGAGGCACUGCCGUUCCUUGUUGGACAGAAGAUAACAUGAUUAUUUUCUCCCAAACAUUUGGUUGAGAUAGACUGUCAGGCAGACAAUUUUAAUUGCUACUCCAUGGUAGACAGGCAAUAAGUAUGAUGAGAUAUUUUUCUCUCAACAUAUGGGAGAGAUGUAUAUUGUCCUGUGUAAACAAGAAAUAUUUUUCUGUUCAGUAUUGGACACAUGGGAAUUUUCCCCUCCAACAUGUUGAUAGGAUAUACAUAUGUAUAGUCUCAUGUAAGGCAGACUGAUGUAUACGAGGUCUGUUCUCCUGACGCGUGCGAGAUACAUUGUAAUAUAUUUAUACCCCAAGUCAGACAGGGGACACAAAUUUAAUCCCUCCCAACAUAUGGAUAUUAAGAUACAUAUUUUCUGUUCCAUGUAAAACACAGUUGCCAAGCUUGGGUACAAGGCAUAACUAGUAUUUUCUCCAACCAUGGACAGAGUCGUCCUCCAUUAGUUUGAUGGUGCAAGAUUUUCUGUCUUGCCCUUUAGUGAAGACAAACUGCUACUGAUAUGUUGUAAGAACUAGUCUGCCGCUCAGUAUAAAGUAUGAAUAUAUUUACAUUGACUAUGAAUUAGUGUAAAAAACAGAUGAAGGUGCUCAGAUUAACUAAGAAAAAAAAAGGAAUGCUGUGUUUUCAAUUGUUGCAAAAGGAUUACAUAUCCUCAAAUAAACAUACCCUUCAGAACUGAUAGCUGUU